AUGUCUGUUCUAUCGCAGUUGUCUUCGCAAGGAAUGACUCCCAGCGUGUUCUCCCACUGUUUGAAGGGAGAUGACUAUGGUGGCGGUAUACUCAUACUUGGUGACAUUUUGGAGCCGAGUAUUGUUUAUACUCCCCUUGUCCCGAAGCGGCCAUAUUAUGCAAUCUACUUACAGAGCAUUGCUGUUAACGGGAAAAUUUUGCCGAUUGAUCCAGCAGCGUUCAAAGUAUCACGUGGACGAGGAACUGUUGUGGACUCGGGAACUACUCUAGCAUAUCUUAUAGAAGAAUUAUAUGAACCUUUUAUUCGUGCUAUAACUUUGGCUUCUUCUAAACAUGUGACUCCCGUGGUUUCAACGUCAGGAAACCAGUGCUAUCGCACCUCCAUCAGCAAUUUAGCUGAGGCAUUUCCGUCAGUCAGUCUGAAUUUUGCUGGCGGCGUCUCGAUGGUUUUGAAACCACGAGAGUAUCUUAUUGAUGGCGGUUAUUAUAAUGGCCUUCCUUCGUGGUGCAUGGGUUUCCUUAAAGCUCACAAAAGGCUCAACAUUCUCGGAGAUCUUCUUCUAAGAGAUAAGAUCGUUGUUUAUGAUACAGUUGGUCAGCAGUUGGGUUGGGCAAACUUCAAUUGUAAGCUAAACUAUGUUCUAAAUUCUUUUCUUGUUUCAUUUCCCAUAUAGUUUUUUAGCAGUACACCUCUC